CUUUCACGCAUUUACUUUCCUGUCAACAUGAGAGAGAGAAGAGAGGGAUGGUUGCAUGUGCCCACUUCUGAGUUUUGACUCCAUUUUUACACAUAUUCCAACCAAAUUGAGAUAGAUAGAGAGGAAGAGAGAGAUGAAGAAGAGCGUGUUUUCGAGCAUGGGUUCCCAGGAUUCAGUGUGCGGUUCAGGCGAUGGCGCGGAUCUCAGAGCGGUCGUAUCGAGUUCGAAGCGGAUGGUUGUGGCCGAAAGCUUCGAACGCGAGGGAAAUUCAUGGUUUGUCAACUCACAUAUCCCAACUGAUCUAACCAUAAAGGUUGAAGAUGUGACCUUUCUCCUCCACAAGUACCCUCUGCUCUCGAGAUGCGGUUACUUUAAUCGAUUCAACUUCAAGGGCGCAAACCAGACCGACGAUGGUCCAGACGUCGUCUUUGAGACGUUUCCCGGUGGCCCAGAGGCAUUUGUCCUCAUUGCCCGCUUCUGCUAUGGCUUCCCUAUUGAUCUCAACCCUGAGAAUGCUCCAGCAAUCCGUUGCGCUGCAGAGAUCCUGGAGAUGACUAGUGCUCUGGAGGACCACAACCUCAUUACUCGUUCCGAAUCUUUCCUAGCUUUGGCUGUCUUCCCAUCUUGGGCUGCUUCCCUCACAGUGCUUAAAGCCUGCGAGUCCCUCUUCCCUUGGGCCGAAACCUCUCAGAUUGUUCGGAGAUGCUGUGACUCCAUCUCCAAAAGGGUUUGUGAUGGUCCCCCAAUUGGGCAUGAUGGACUUGAGCACACUACCACUGCCAGGCUUACCCUAAAUGAACCAUCUUCUUGGCUUGCUAAAGUGGGACCCACAAUCAUGUGCCCCACGAUUGGUCUUUCUAUUGUGGAGCCUACAACAUCUAGUUAUAACAGUGUUGGGCCAAUAAAUGGGCUCACACUUGUUGGGCUUAGUAGUGAGCCUAGCACUGCAUUGUGGUGGUUUGAUGAUGUUGUGCGCCUUAGAAUCGAUCACUUCUCCCGAAUUCUCACAUCGAUCAAGUCGAAGCUCAUGGACCCCAAAAUCAUCGGUCAAUGCAUCACACAUUAUGCGAAGUUUUGGCUCCCAAUCACCGAAACCUCAGGGAGUGAGCUCCAACUUAGGAUCCAAAGUGGUGCCGACAAGGAGAUAAACUGGGAGAAAAAGGAAGAGAAGGCCAUCAUAGAAUCCUUAGUGGGCUUACUGCCACAAGAAAGAGGCUGUGUCUCAUGUGCAUUUCUGUCAAGUCUGUUAAGGCUUUCAAUGAUAUUUUCGGUUGCUCCAGCCUUAGUAACUGACUUAGAGAAAAGGGUCGGUUAUGCGCUUGAAGAGGCCGAAAUCAAAGAUCUACUCAUACCAAGUUAUAACGAUGGUGAUGGAGGUGGCUACGAUGUCGACAUAGUGCACAGGAUUGCGGAGUACUAUCUAAUGCAAGUGGAGGGAGACCAUGUUGGGAAGGGGGCAGUUGGAAGGCUAAUAGAUGGGUACUUGGCAGAGGUUGCAGGGGACCAUGAUCUAUCAGUUGCAAAGUUUCAAACCUUAGCUGAGGUUUUACCUGCAACAGCAAGAUUAUGUGAUGAUGGUCUCUAUAGAGCCAUUGAUACAUAUCUAAAGAAAUUACAACGGCAGUCGCAUCCCUCGUUAUCGGAGCACGAGAGGCGUCGAUUGUGUAAGUUGAUGGAUUGUCAAAGGCUCUCACCAGAUGCCUGCAUGCAUGCUGCCCAGAACGAGCGUCUACCCCUUAGAACAGUGGUGCAGGUGCUAUAUGCUGAGCAAGCCAAGUUCAGGGUUGCCUAUCAUGGAAAGGACAAGGGCCAUGGUUGUGGUGAAACACAAGGGAGCCCUGUUCCUGUUGAUAAGGAGGUUGGCAAGUGUAAUUGCUCAUCAACCAAGAGGGAGGUGAAGGCCAUCAAGGCAGAGAUUGAGAGAAUGAAGGCGAAGCUAUCGGAGCUUCAACAUGAUUACUCGGAGCUGCAGCAUGAGUGCACGAGGCUCAACAAACACAAGAACUUGUCGGUGUGGGGUUUCGGGUGGAGAAAAUUGAAGAACUCUGCUUUGUUUCAAGGAAAAAUGUACUUAGAUCAAAUAAAUGAGACGCAGGAAAACCCUGUAUGCUCCCAGCAAGAGAGGAGGAGAAGGGCGUCAGUCUCUUAGUCUCUUUUUUUUUUUUUGGAUUUGUAUAAUUAUUAAAAGGUUAGUCACUGGGGAUUUGGGCCCUACCCUUUGUGAGUUGUUGAUAUUAAUUAAAAGUUGAGAAACCUUUCUUUGUAGCUCCACCCAUAUAUAAAAGGUGUGGUUUUUAUGA